CAGCCCAGCAUGCAGGCUGCUGCACCUGGCGGCUGAGACGCUGAAGAUGGACUAGGACGUCCUCAACAUGUUUCCCGGAGUUUUCUAUGCACUGCUGGCGGGUUUCCUCGGCGCCGUGGCGUCGUCGUCGGCCAAACUGUCUCUGGGAGCCGACUACCUGAAGGGAGUGUGUGAGACCGGACUCCGGACGUGGGGCGAGCAGCGGAAAUUCAGACAAGCGGAUGAAACUACCGCCUGCGACCGGCUUCACAUCCCUCUGCGGCUGCUCUGCGGUGGCUUGCUCUUCACCUGUAACGCUGUGAUGUGGACCUUCCUUGCUAAGGCACUCAGGUAUUCUUCGUCCUCCACGAGAACCACUGUGACCACCACCGCCUCCAACUUCAUAUCUUCCGCUUUCCUGGGCCAGCUGAUCUUUGGUGAGGCCCAGAUCACUCUCUGCUGGGUCGGGAUCUCCUUGACCUUCUCUGGCCUGCUGGUGCUUCAGAUUGUUUCUCCGCAGAAUGGACAACAGCAAGCAGCUGCUAAGAGGGAGGAGUGAUUUAUCCAAAAGCUGUGACUUGUAUGAGCUUAGUAUGUUUAAAAUGGCCUGAUGAAACGCAUCCGACGUUGAUAGUUCUCUGGAUGAUCAACGCAAAUACUGAGCUUGCAUGACAAGAUCAUUUAAGACUUCUGAAGCAGCACAACUCAUGGAAUAUUUCGUAAAAGGCAAAAAUCUCGUUUUUUUCAUUGACAUAGGGAGUACACUAAUAUUAAUGCCUCAAUUUAAAAAUUGGUGAUAUAAUGUGGUCGUACAUCAUGUAUACAGAAUUAUUGGACACCUCAAGUUUUUCUGUAAAAAUACAGCAUCCAAUAUUUAGAACAAAUAUUCAGUCAGGUGACAGCACUGACCACCUCCAGCCACUGUUCAAUUAUGAAGUCUUCAAAUACAUUGAUCAUCAAUUGAUGAUAAUGAUAAAACAGUUUGUAGAAGUAGUCAUUGAGCCUUUCAAAAUUCGCCAAACCUCAAAAAGAUGUACAACCACAAUUUCAGCGAGCGAGUCAACAUGGCUCACAAGUGCUUACUGUGUUCGUCGUCGGUCUUAAAAUCGAGCGUGUCGGGGUCGUCCAAGGAAUUUUCAUGUAGCAACAUUCACAAUGGACAUAUCUGUGAAACAUAAGCAGCCUUCAGAUCACCAAAGUUCAGUUUUUUUAUUCCGACAAACAUCGAACAAUAGCUUUGUAUUUAGCACUCAUAAGCAAAGCUAACAGGGCUGCACCAUAUCUGUGACAUGUGAUGACAGUUUAAUGUGAUUUUGAUGCUUUAAAUCAUCUCUGCAGUUCCACUCUUCUUUGCACUGUGAUAGAGCCUUUAAAAUAAACACCCUUAGAAAGAAGUCAUUUUAGUGUACGUGUGUGCAUUCAUAUUUAACACCUUGUCUUUGCUGGCGUGUUUGCUAAUGUAGCUAACGUAGCUGCAGUUACAUUGUAAUAAUUCCAGCAUUUAUUUAGAAGAUAACAGUGGACCUCAGUGGUUACUACUUAGUUUAAAUUCUUAUCUACUACACUAAUGAUGCUUUCAUGAUUUGAUCCGCAUACAAAUAUAAAAACAUUUGUAAAGAUGAGAGAGUUCAGUUUUAUGUUCUUCUGCAGUUGUUGCAAGUUGUCGACUGAAAAUAAACAAUUGAGUUAUGCAUCACAAUUUAAAGGCUGCCUGUAACAUCUCAGAUUUCAGAUUUGUUCUAUUGUACCCGGUGGUUGUCCCAGGUUUUUAAUCAUGUUGCACAUCUGCAAUCGAAGACAAAGGCAAGGCAGAGUUAUAUGAGAUAAAAUGGUUCCCAUUGAUGUUUCUGGGUGGUGUUAAAAACUUAGUGUUUAUUGGACUACAGUACAUUAGCAUUAAGUUAGGUAGCUCUUUUAUUCUUAUUGUUGUUUUAUUACUUUUAAUAAGCAUAAAUGGGUUAAAACAUAGUGAGAGUUUAUGGACGCCUUUGAUCCAUGAGACAAAAAUAAAUACAUUUACUACAUGUAGAAGAAUUGUCUCUUGUUUAUUCUAAACAUAACUACAGAUAAUGACACCUUUUAAUGCAAAUGAGAGCAAAAGUUAACAUAAUAGUGAAAUGAAGUACAUUCCAAUCAUGUGCUUAAUAUGAAGCAUGUCAAAAAUUUAAGGAACCAGAAGACCUACAUUCAACGAAGAUUUGAAUUGGUGUCGUAAAUUGGUGUGUUUUUAAAUUAAACAGAAGUCCAUGGCUAAAAAGUCUUGUCAUUUCUUAUAAAUGCCCCAGCUAGUCACAGUGUGCAGCCCUCGAAGCUUUGUUGUCAUUGUAGCAGAGGAAGGGCUCAUUCAUUAUGGAUGAUAAUGUGCGCAUCAGGCCUUCUGAAUCCCUGGCAGCUACACCUCUCUACUUUCACUCACACCAAAACCUCUCUUCCUGCAGAAGGAAACUAUUGUGGUCCAGCAGCAAGACUGAAAGCUUGUUUCCCCCUAGUGAUUAUGAUAUGGUGAUAUUAAUGAAAGAUAGAAAAAAAUGCUUUGUUAAGUGUCAUAACACUGUGAUUUGUGCUCCAUCCAUUCACCUUCUGCCUCUUAUAGCCUCAACAUGACCUGCUGAGGAUGUAGUCAGCUACAUAGAGCACCCUGGAGGGGUCGCCGAUCCACACUCACACCUCCAGAGAAUUUUAGAUUAACCUCUGUGUGUUCUUGAACUGUGGGAGGAAAUCUGAAGGCCCAAAGGAAACCCAAGGUUUUGUCCAAUGCAUUCAACCUUCUUGCUGGGAAGCCGCUGCACUAACCACCAUCCUCUCCAGAAGAAGCAUGUGCUUCAACAAAGUGGUCUGCUUGAGAAGAAAUGAUGUGAAACUAGCCACAUUCACAGAAACAAAUAUGAUAUUUAAAAUGCUAAUGAUCUUGCAUUAUGUGGUAUUCAUCCCUGUCAAUGUGAAUGAUCAAUGAUAUUAUGCUCUGCCUGCAUCAUGUUUGGCCCAGCUUUUACGGGAAGGUGAGCGCAGUCACAGCACAUUUCGAUGGCCUUUAUGUCAACGUCAGAGAAAAGGUUUUCAGCUGUGGAUAGACAAGGGCGCAUGAUUCAUAUCGUUUACUGGACAGAUAAAAUAACCACAUGAACAGAACCAUGAAAAGUGAGUGAGGUACAAAAGCAGCAAAAUGUUUAUGUAUUAAGGAAGAUGUGAUUUGAGGAGCAUGAACAACAAUGUCUGUUGAGAGUCUUGAGCUGCUAUCGGAAUCCUUCAUUAAAGAC